GCGCUUUCAACAAAACGAACGACGACGACGAACGACGAGCUUGUGCUUGACGAUUCUUUGAACUGGUCACGAUGAACCCAGAGAAACCUAAUCCGUACCCAUCCGGCCCGCCACCAGCUUACUCGGCGCAACCCUCUGCUGCACACACUGACGUUUACCCUGCGUAUCCGGUUCAAUCGUAUCCGCCACCUUUUGUGAAUAGUGGGUAUCCGCCAACGACUGCCAGUGGUGCGUACCCGCCCGUGUCCUAUGGCGGUGCACCAUAUGGUGGUGCCCCGUAUCCAGUGACACCCUACCCAACGGCCGCGGAAGCCGCUACAGGGCAGAGUAUGCCAUCGAAAAAGGGUCAGAGCGGACAAGUAUUUGGACCGUAUUUGAGAUAUGUAAAUAUGGAUGUGGGGAACCGGAUGUGGUUUGGUUCCAUCCUUGUUCUUACCAGCUCACCUUCCCCCGUCACGGCCACGGUCUAUUCCAACCUCCCCGGUACCUCCCCCCUCUACGUUCCCUCCAACGUGAUUGACACCCACCUCCAAUACACUUUUCACCGUAUCGACCUCACCCUCCCAAUGGGGGACUAUCCUGCCAUGUGGACAUAUUCCAUAGACGCAUUGUCAGAGCAAACUUUUAAUUUUCACGUAGCUUCUGUGCAUGAUCGCAACUGGCGGUUUGCGUUCUAUUCUUGUAGUGGGUUUAGUAAUAGCGUGUCCAAGGAAGAGAGGGAGCGAUUGGGUGGUGUGGGUGCGCUUUGGAAGGAUGUUUUGAGUCUUCAUCGUGAAAAUGGCAAAGAGUUUCAUGUCAUGUUGGGAGGUGGUGAUCAGAUAUAUGGAGAUCCCAUCUGGAAGGAGCUUGACGGCCUCAAAGCAUGGCUUCAAAUCAAGGGCAAAGAAAACCGUCGAAACGCUCCAUGGACUCCAGAACUCGAAUUCGCAGUCUCUUCCUUUUACUUUAACAUGUACACUAGCCAUUUUGCGACCCCGCACCUUAGAGAAGCCCUGGCCUCCAUUCCCUCCAUUUUUCAAAUUGAUGAUCACGACAUUUUCGACGGAUAUGGGUCGUACCCAGAGUACCUUCAGCACUCUCAGUACUUUCAAAACAUUGGACGUAUCGCUUGGAGAUUUUAUUUACUUUUCCAACAACACACUACCAUGCGUCUUGCUGCGCUUGGUGGACCCCAUGCACGAGAAUUCAUUUCCCCUAAUGGUCAAACUUUCCAUUUCGUCAAGCUCCUCGGACCCAGUGUUGCUCUCUUCGGUCCCGACACCCGCAGCGAACGAACCCCAAUGCAAAUCCUCUCACCCCAAUCUUACAACCUUCUUUUCCAAACCCUCAGAACCCUUCCGCCCACCAUCAAGCACGUCAUUGCCAUGCUCGCAGUUCCCAUCGUCUACCCGCGUCUCAAAGCACCCGAAACUUUAUUAACCCACUUUGGCAAAACAAAACGAUCAGCUAAUAAUGCUGUAAAUGAGAUUGGAAAGGGCCUGGGAAGUGUGGCUGGAAGUGCUGGGCGAUUAUUGGGAAAAGUGGGUCUCAAAGUCGACGCGCAACAAUGGGAGGCUGAGACAAAGGGCACGAUUGAUGAUGUGCUUGGAAAUGUUAAAAAGGGUUUGGGCAAGAGUGGGUUGAUGAGUGGUGUGAUUAGUCAGUUUGGGGAGGUGGAUCUGCUUGACGACCUGAUCGAUCAUUGGACCCACCCCAACCACACCCCCGAACGUACGGCCCUCAUAACCCGCCUCCAAGCCCACGCCUCCCAAACACGUACCCGCAUCUCCUUCAUAUCCGGCGACGUCCACUGCGCCGGUGUUGGUCGCUUCUUUACUCCAACCAACCCAACAGAUCCAACCCUCAUGUACCAAUUCAUCGCCUCCGCCAUCGUUAACAUCCCUCCACCGAAAGGCGUCCUCAAAAUGCUACAUUCAAGCGCAAAACAAUUGGACUUUGGCAAUGGGGUCAAGGAGGAGAUGCUGGAUAUGUUUCCCAAGGACGUGGAUGGGAAAACGUUAAAGGAUCAGAAAUUGAUUGGACGAAGGAAUUGGGGGGUGGGAUGUGUGGUUGGUGAUGAGUUGCAUGUGGUGAUUAGAGUGGAAGGAACGCAGACGGGGGUGUGUGUUCCUUUUGGUCCUAUUGUGGUCCCUCCCGUCGUUUGAACGGGAUGAGUUCUCGUAUGUUGGUUGGAUGUCGUUUUAAACCUUAAUUUUUUUUUUUUGGAGUAUCCUGUCGUAGUACGAUCCACUUGAACUGAUUCUAUUCGUUUGAAAUGCGGAAACCCGUUUUUUUCAUCGCCUAUUUUAUGUUUUUAAACAUUAGAGUGUGUGUAUUCAGAUGUACAAAUACAUUUCCUACGUUUCUUGUUCACACCGC